AUGAAGUUAUUAUUAUCUUUAAUUUUAAUUUUAACAAUAGUUUCAAAUUUUUGUUUUGCCGAUAUUUCAAAUCAAUAUGUAAACUUUGAAGUUUUUAGCGACCCACAAUGCUUAGUUUCCAAUUCUAGCUAUGGCGUAGGUUUUACAUUUGCCGCCAAUACAUGUGUUACCGACGAUUAUACCUCCAAUCAUCUCUUUACCGUUAAAGGCAACACUGUUACUGGUCAAGAUUUCCAAAGUCAAGGUGCUGAAUUAUGCACCACCCCAUUAAACCCACCAUACACCUAUAAGGUCAAUUCAUGUGUCGAACCAGGAAAUUUUGUUACCGAUAUCGAUAAAUGGAUCGAAGCUCCAUACAAGCCAUUUUAUUAUAAAGUUACAGUUUCAUCAGUUCCAAUUAUUCAAACCAAUUCUAUGGCACUUGUUUAUAUGGAUCAAGAAUGUAAUUUAGAUUAUGUUAUUUAUGCUAAAUAUUAUAUGAAUGGAACUAUUGUUAAAUUCCAUAAUCAAGACUAUAUGUACUUUUGUGAUGGCGAUACACCAAUGAGUGGAUAUUGUCCAGGUACAUCAGGAACCUGCAACUCACCAACCUAUUCUAAUUAUGUUGCUACUUGUGAAUCUUAUGCUCCAUUCUACAACACCUCAACUGAACUCACAGGUUGCCAAGGCAGCACUUGUUCUGGUGGUUUUAGUGGUUUUAGUUCCUCUGGUGCCAUCUCUGCUUCAAGUGAUAAUACUGGUACAGGUUCAGCUUCAGGUGGUCAAAGCCGUGAUCCAAUCGUUACUUUUAAUGGUGAAUCCCGUGGUUCAUCCCCAGCAGGCUCUGGUAGUAGUAUUUUUUCUGGCUCUUACUCAACUAUUUGUUUCUAA